AUGACUCACGAGAAGUUUAGUCUGUUGCUGAUACAUCCUGCGGUUACUACAACGCCAGAGGUUGUUGAAAAUGUGAAGAGAGGGAACAUUUUGGCCGAUUCCGGCGUUCUGGACCAAUUUCUCAUUAACAAGCUCAACGACGGCAGUGUAACUCUUGAAAAGGACAAAUAUGAUGUGAUAUACUACCUGACACCUGAAAAACGUGAGGAAAUCAAGUUCCCUUCGAAGCUUAUCCCUGAGUUGCAUGCAGCUCUCAGGACCGCCGGGAAAUUUUACGGACUCAGUGAUGCCUACAAAGUCGAUGCGCUGGUGAACGGGUUUGAUAUCAAGGAUUCUAAUGAAGGAUAUCUGUGGGUUAAGAAAGAGCAACAAAAGGCAGCCCCCGUCGCGCUUAAACUGAAUAGAAGCAGCACCGGCGGCGGAGGCAAUGCCCUUCCUUCUUUCAAGAGGGCGUCCAAGGCGCUUCCUACUUUCCAGAAAGCACCUGGCUCGCCGCUUCCACUCUUCAAGCGGGCGGAUUCACCUGUGGUGGCGAUCGCAGAGGACGACCUUGACGACCUCGACGACGAAGAUGACUCCGACGAAAUCGCGGCGGCGAAAUCUCGGUUUUUCGACGACGUGGGCGAGCAGGACUCCUCGGAGUCCAUCGACGAGGACGACUUGGUAGAGGACGGCCAAAACGCAGAGAUCACACUAGUAACAUGUGAGAAAACCAAGACCAGAAGGAGAAAGGCAUGCAAGGAUUGCUCCUGUGGCUUGAAGGAGCAGGAAGAGCAGGAAAUGGACGCUCUCCGCAACGCUCAGGAUCGCGUGCUUGGCAACGCCGUCAAGUUCGACGAGCAGGAGCUGACUGAAGUCGACUUUACCAUCCAGGGUAAGAAAGUCGGUGGAUGUGGCUCGUGCGCACUGGGCGACGCCUUCAGGUGUUCCGGUUGCCCUUACCUGGGACUACCUGCCUUCAAACCAGGCCAACCUAUCAACCUAAAUAGCAUUUCAGAUGACUUGUAA